AUGAGCAAUGUUUCCUUUUCGAUAAGCCAAUCAUCGCUUCUUUUUCUUCUCAUCACCAUCAUCGCUAUAUUACUCUCUGUCCAUGGGGGACCCGUAUCGAAAUGUCCCGAGAAAUGCCAUUGUUUGAAAAGAGAGGUGAACUGCUCACACCGAAACCUCAAAUUUCUGCCCUUUGGUAUUCCGAAAGCGACUCUGCACUUAGAUUUAAGUGGAAACGAAUUGACCGAACUCGACGUAGCGCGAUUAAGCGAUUUGAAGCGAUUAAAUACUUUAAAUCUCUCUCAAAAUCUAUUGAGCGUCGAGGCGGUGGAGGAGGCGAUCGAGAGACUCACGAAAUUGACUACACUAAAUCUUCGUCGAAACAAGCUCAACAGCAUUCCAAAGAAUUUGGAGAAAUUGGAGAAGUUGACAAGAAUUGAUUUGCGAUCGAAUAACAUUUCCGAGAUUGACGCGAGGGAUUUGCUUGUUUUGUCGACGAUUCACCAGGUGGAUCUAUCGCGAAACUCGAUUAGAAGCUGGAACGAGCCGAGCUCAUUCGAUGAGGAUGCACCACCAGUUCGGACAUCGCAAAUACAAAAAUUAGACCUUUCCUCGAACGAUCUCUCCAAUCUCCCCGAUCGUUCGUUUUCCCAUCUCUCCUCCCUAAUUUCCCUCAAAAUCUCGAAGAAUAAGUUGAUCAAAUUCUCGCCGAAUACCUGGAAUGGAUUGAUAUCACUGCAGUAUUUGGACCUCUCCCGCAACCAGCUCUCCCAUCUGCAGAGCCUCUCCUUCUCAGCCAUCCCCCUCCUCCAAAAUCUCUCAUUAGCCGAAAAUAAAAUCUCAAAAAUGGAUGACGGGGUUUUCUUCGGUGUCGAGAAGUUGUUGAUGGUGAAUCUUUCGAGAAAUCACGUGCACAAUAUUUCGGGGAGUCUUCAUUUUGGAUUGCAAGAGUUGCACACAUUGGAUCUCUCGCACAAUUCAAUCAGUUGGCUGGAUGCGAUUGCAUGGCAAAACGUCGCUGAGCUACGUGUGCUCAAUUUGGAUUGGAAUCGACUCCACUCUCUUCCAUCCGGUGCUUUCAGUAAACUUCGAAAACUUCAAUCCCUAACUUUAUCAGGGAACUCGAUUGAAAUCCUCCAUAAGACAGCGCUCAGCGGACUUGAUCAUCUACGCAUCCUCGAUCUCUCCUCAAAUAAUCUAGCUGUUUGCGUGGAAGACGGCGCUUUCCUUUACAACACAUCACUACCAUUUCUCAAAGAACUUCGAUUUACGAAUAAUAAUCUCAAAUUAAUACCGGCAAGAGCAUUCGAGCGUUUCCCGGCACUCGAAGCGUUGGAUUUACGCGAGAACCCGAUCGCCACCAUUUACAAAGGAGCCUUCGAACCAUUGGCACUCAAAAUCUUAUAUCUCAAUACUACAUCCCUUUUGUGUGACUGUAAACUCGAUUGGUGGACACAGUGGUUGCUUGUGCAGAGUCAACUCAAUCGAUCGAUGAUUGAAACGAAAUGCUCUCAUCCCUCACCGUUGACGGGAAUCGAUGUCACCGUCAUCGAUAUCGCCAAUCUUACGUGCAUGAGUGACUCACCACGCCCGAAAGUGAUCACCCAUCCGCCGGCGAGUCUCAAAACGAUGAUUGGCACGGAUGCGAGGCUGAAUUGCUCUGGCUAUGGCGAGGGUCCAAUCUGGAUCGAGUGGAGAGUCGUCGAGUUGGCAGGGAAAUCGAGGACAUUGCAUGAAGACAACGAUACGAAAAUAACCAGCAAUAGUCAUGAGAUGUUGAAUGGCACAAUGAGCGGCUUUGUGAGUGUCCGCGGCGAGCUUUUCCUCUCUCACGUUCAACUCACCGAUCGAGCUGAAUACCAAUGUCUCAUUCACAAUCAAUUUGGCACCGAUUACAGCAAUCGAACGCUUCUAGAAGUUCAAGAAGCGCCCAUAUUCACGAAUGAGCCAGAUGAUGUGGCGCUGUUGGUUGGGCAAAAUGCAAGGAUUGCUUGCUCGGCGACGGGUGUUCCUCCGCCAUUAAUCAAAUGGCAAAAAGACGGUGGGGACUCAUUCCCAGCAGCAGCCGAACGUCGAUUACAUGUCUAUCCAAAUGAUGAUCAUCUUUAUGUUAUGUCAGUGAAACGAGAAGACGCCGGAGUUUACACUUGCCACGCCACAAAUGAAGUCGGACAUCAACAAGCGAGUGCAACUUUAAGAGUAUACGAUAAUUCAUUCCGAAGUCGUUUGAAUGAUGUAAAGGUGAACGAGGGGGAAAUGAUUCUCCUGGAUUGUACGGUUGAAUUGCAAGAUGGACAAAGGAUGCAAUGGUUUAGGCAAAAGGAAGAGAAUACGGAAAAACAACUCCUUUCCGCUGACAACCGGUUGACUCUAAAGGCUCGAGAUCAAUUGCUAAUACUUGUCAAGACAUCUUUGGUUGACAAUGGGAUUUAUUCAUGCGAGCUAUGGGCUGGCUCUCAUCUACUCGCACGACAAACGGCAAAUGUACAGAUCAUAUCCACCCCAUCACCGCCAGUUCAAAGAAUUUUGAUGAAAGAAUUAAAUGAGAAAAUCAUGAGUGAGAAAAGCGUUCUACUCUAUGUGCUCACAACAAUUCUAGUUAUUUUCCUGGUGGCCGGUUUCGUUUGGAUUGUCGUUUACUAUCGGCGAGCAUCUCUCAACAAAGAUCUCUCCUCAAUACAAAAUCGAUUACCUUCCCAUCAUUACUCAAUUCGAUCAAACGAUCGAUCAAAUCAACCAAUUUUGGGC